UGCGUUGGAGGGAAGUUUGUAAACAGAAUAAGCCGGUCGCAUAUUUGGUUCUGAAAAAUUUGAGAAUUCUUUUUCGCAGGUUACCUUUUCUCUGAAUAAGGAUGUUUUUGAGGAUCGUAUCCUUCAGAAGUUCUUGGAAUUAAUUUUGAAAUGAUAAGAACGCUUUUCUCUUUUUUCGAGAUGAAAUGUUUAUAACAAUGAAUGUUUUAAAAUACUAAGGUACUGUUCAUACCUGGAAAAACUGCGAAGUAAAAUACAUCAUAGGCUUAUUUCAAAAUAAAAAUCACACUGAUAUAAAUUUUUUCUGAGAUGGAAUAUCAGUGAUUGAAAUAUGAUUCAAACGCCACUCACUAUUUAUGGAAAAACAAACAUGUGCAUUAUUUGGACAAAAACAACACGAAAUAUUUUCAAGAAUUCGGACUAUAGUGCUUUUUCAAUACGAAAGAUUGGAUUAUUGGCUUAAAUAUCAUAUAAGUAAAAAGAUCUGGACAAAUGCGAUGGUAUAAUUUACAAUAACUGGUUAUAGAUAUAAAAUACAAGUAUAUAAUACGUUUUCUUAAGAAUAUUUAAAAAGCGUUUUCGUGCAGUUGUUUAACGUACUAAUUUUUACAGCUCUAUCAAGCAAAUUAUGCAACUAUAAAUUUCCAUAUGGAAGUGGUAAAUUAUAACUUAAGUUGUUGAAUAUGUUCAUAAAAUGUUCAUUAAUUAUUAUGUUAAUAAAAAUAUGAUCAUCAAUUAAUUAAUCAGUAAAAAUGUUGCAAAUAACAAUAAAUAAAUUUGAUGUAACCAUGUCCCAAAAAAGCCUGUUUUACAGGUAACUGUUUAUACUGUUUUCUUUCAAUAUAGCAGUUUUUAAGAAUAAUAACGAAAUUCGACGUGACGUCAAUGACCAUCGAAUUUGGGACUUUCUACAGAAAGUUUAAAUGGUGGCACACGACACACGAAGAGUAUGUUUUUAUGUUUGAAUAGGCUUUCAUAAAUGAUCUUUCCACAGACUGCUUAACAUUCAUGUUCUCAUGGAUACCGCAAACCCCACACAGAGCCUGAUGGAGGGGCAAAUUAUGGACUUACAUGGUACUUAUAAUUAUGAUAAUAUGACUACUGAUAACUGGACAUUGUCAAACACAACCUCCCAAGCCGUAAUACAGCGAUCAACACGUCAUUUAACCGUCAUGGUGCAAAUUUUAAUCACAUUCUUCUAUGGCUUCGGGAUCAGCUCUAAUGUGUGUGCCCUGGUGCUUUUAGCUCGAGGGGAAACAGCACGCAAUCGUAAACAAACUUUAAUGGUAAGGUGCUUGGCUUGCAAUGAUCUGGUUGCCCUUCUGGGAUCUUUGAUUCUCAUGUAUAUGCAUCUUUACAUGAGUGAGCCACUCGUGGACAGUAGAUGGUUCUGUGCUUUGAGAGUGAUCCUCAGGACAUUCGGUCUGUCAUCUGGAUGUGUCGCCAUCGUCAUGGCCGCCGAACGAUGGAUGGCUCUCACCAGGCCGUUCCUCUAUCAGAAGCAUGUAACACACAAGCUAAUCAAGCGUGCCAUCUUCUCCUUGUGGAUUGUGGCUCUGUUCUUAGUUUGCCUACCAUUCACUGGCUUCGGCGUCUAUUACGAUGACAGGCCUCCAGGAAGCGGUAUCUAUCGGUGCACACGAUAUCGGACUGCUCGAGAACCUUCCGAUGUUGCCUACGCUUUUCUGAUGUUCACAUUUGGAUGCUUGCUAUGUCUAGUCAUUGUCUGCUGCAAUCUAGCCGUAGUACAAGCUCUCUGCCGAAUGGGUCGUAAAAGCUUAGCUCACUGUGGGAGGACAACAGUAAGGAAGGAUAGUCGUGAACUAUCUUUCAACCAUACCACACCGGAAGAACUGUCCUUUGCGAAAUUGAUGGUCAUUUUGUGCAUUUUCUUUGUCGCCUGCUGGGUCCCACAAAUGAUUACCAUAGUAAUGGCUCAUUUUCAUCCGGAAAGUGAAUCCCAUCCCUUCUAUCGAGCGGCUGAUGUAUGUAUGGCUUUGAACUUCACUCUGGACCCUGUCAUCUACGUAUUAUCCCGCCGGCCACAUCGAAAGGGUUUGCGGAAAUUACUGAAACCUCUUUGUCAGUCUUGUUGGUCCCAAGAAGGUAGGACUCCGUCCAUGAGGUCAUCGCAAGGUAGGCCUCCACCUUUAUGGACAGAAGAAAGUAAGAUCACAAAAGAAGUAAACCAAAACAGUCUAAGCAGUAGCUCGCAGAAAGAUUGCAUCAUAUUGGAACAGAUGAACAAAAUGAAUCCUAAAUUGCGGAUUAUAUUUGCCACCAACCACCAGAUGAAGAAAACUAACAGCCAACCAUCAUCUAUCAAGGAAGAAUCAACGUAAAAUCAUCGCAGUCGAAACAAGAUACUAUCUUUCAGAACCAAGACUAAAAUCUAGACUUGUAUUGGAUGGUACAUUGAAGUAAUAAAUUAUUCCCUUAGGAUUCAAACUUUUGCCAUUUGAACUGUUCAAGAUCUAUUUAAUGAAACCAUGUUUUCUUAUCCAUGGUAUUUCUAACACUGAAAUAACUAUUAAGUCUUCGAGAGAUAUGCUCUUGUAAGUCCAAUGGUUUGUGACUCCGAAAAGCAUUUUGUAAUCAACUUCAAAAGACAAACGAUAGCUAUACAUAACUGGAAUAUUUAAUGUCAUGUGUGUUGAAUUCAUUAAAAAUUUAAAAGUCUA